UCUUUUCCGUCUUGGCGGGUUCUACUCUCAAACCUCUGGGCCGCAGGCACGAUGUCCAGCCCUCCCCUUCCUGUUUGUCGUAGGUGCCAACGCAGAGAGCAGGGCCCCAGUCAAGGCCCCGCCUCGCCAGUGUGACGGGCAGUCUUUCCGACCCUCAAAAUGCUGCCCCCUCCCAUCCCCCGUGAGGGCGGUGCCGGGACGGGAAGCGCGCCCGUCGAGGCUCCGCCCCUUGCGGCAGAGCGUGUGGCGUCACUUCCGGCCUCUCUUCCCUCCGGUCACGGGCACGAGCUGUGAGGGGUUAGCGUGUGCCGACCUCCUCGGAACCAUGGCGUCCCUUUCCCUUGCACCUGUUAAUAUCUUCAAGGCUGGAGCUGAUGAAGAGAGAGCAGAGACAGCUCGCCUGUCGUCUUUUAUUGGUGCCAUUGCUAUUGGAGACUUGGUAAAGAGCACGUUGGGACCCAAGGGCAUGGACAAAAUUCUGUUAAGCAGUGGACGAGAUGCAUCUCUUAUGGUAACCAAUGAUGGUGCAACUAUUUUAAAAAACAUUGGUGUGGACAACCCAGCUGCUAAAGUUUUAGUAGAUAUGUCAAGAGUUCAAGAUGAUGAAGUUGGUGAUGGCACUACCUCUGUUACUGUUCUUGCAGCAGAAUUGCUGAGGGAAGCAGAAUCCUUAAUUGGAAAAAAGAUUCAUCCGCAGACCAUUAUUGCGGGUUGGAGAGAAGCCACAAAGGCAGCAAGACAGGCUCUAUUGAAUUCUGCAGUCGACCAUGGUUCUGAUGAAGUUAAGUUCCGUCAAGAUUUAAUGAACAUUGCAGGAACAACACUGUCCUCAAAACUUCUUACUCAUCAUAAAGACCACUUUACUAAGUUAGCCGUGGAAGCUGUUCUCAGACUAAAAGGCUCUGGUAACCUGGAGGCAAUUCAUGUCAUCAAAAAGCUAGGAGGCAGUCUGGCAGAUUCCUAUUUAGAUGAAGGCUUUCUGUUGGAUAAAAAAAUUGGUGUAAAUCAACCAAAACGAAUUGAAAAUGCUAAAAUUCUUAUUGCAAAUACUGGUAUGGAUACAGACAAAAUUAAGAUAUUUGGCUCCAGGGUGAGAGUUGAUUCUACAGCAAAGGUUGCUGAAAUAGAACAUGCAGAAAAGGAAAAAAUGAAGGAGAAAGUUGAACGUAUUCUUAAGCAUGGGAUAAAUUGCUUUAUUAACAGGCAACUUAUUUAUAAUUAUCCUGAACAACUCUUUGGUGCUGCUGGUGUUAUGGCUAUUGAGCAUGCAGAUUUUGCAGGCGUGGAACGCCUCGCUCUUGUCACAGGUGGUGAAAUUGCCUCUACCUUUGACCAUCCAGAGCUAGUGAAGCUUGGAAGUUGCAAACUUAUUGAGGAAGUCAUGAUUGGAGAAGACAAACUCAUUCACUUUUCUGGGGUAGCCCUUGGUGAGGCUUGCACCAUUGUUCUGCGUGGUGCCACUCAACAGAUUUUAGAUGAAGCAGAAAGAUCUUUGCAUGAUGCUCUUUGUGUUCUUGCCCAAACUGUGAAAGAUUCUAGAACAGUUUAUGGAGGAGGCUGUUCUGAGAUGCUGAUGGCUCAUGCCGUGACACAGCUUGCCAGUAGAACACCAGGCAAGGAAGCUGUUGCAAUGGAGUCUUAUGCUAAAGCCCUGAGAAUGUUGCCAACUAUCAUAGCUGACAACGCGGGCUACGACAGUGCAGACCUGGUGGCUCAGCUCCGAGCUGCCCACAGUGAAGGCAAGACAACUGCGGGACUGGAUAUGAAGGAAGGUACCAUUGGAGAUAUGUCGAUACUGGGUAUAACAGAAAGUUUCCAAGUGAAGCGGCAAGUUCUUUUAAGUGCAGCUGAAGCAGCAGAGGUGAUUCUACGUGUGGACAACAUCAUCAAGGCAGCACCAAGGAAGCGUGUCCCUGAUCACCAUCCCUGUUGAGCAUUCCCGUAUGCUGUUGAGCUCUGGACCAGUUCAUAGUAAAGUUGUGUUUGAAAGACUUUGACUUCCUGAAAGAAGAAUAUAGAAUUGAAGUUUAUCUGUGGCUGUUAUGUCCUUAAAUUUGGACAUUUAACUGACCUUCUAUUUUAACAUGGGUCUAAUUUAUUUGCUGUUUCAUUUUCUAUAAAAUUCAGUUGAUUUAAGAGUUCAUUCCUCAUACUGUGCAUCAAAAUAAAAGUUUGAACAAUUA